AUGCGGAGCUUGGGUUCCUCCCACCUCCUCACCUUCUCAGACCAGCAGCUGGAGGUGGAGUACACAAAGCGGGUGGAUGCAGCGCAGGUGCUAAUCGACUGCGCAUGCUCGGCGCUGGGCGUCGUGAUGGCGGCCUCGCUGCUGUCCCUUCCUUUCCAGCUCGCAGCGCUGGACAUCAUCGAGAUGUUCUGGAUGUCGCUGCCCCUGGUGGUGUGCGUGACCUGCCGGCCCGACUACGCAGCGCACCGCGGCUUGUGGCUCUGGGCCUGGCUGCUGCCGGCCUGGUGGUUCAUGUGCCAAGCCGCCGCCGCCUACAGCCCGCACAUGCAGCCUGCGGCGGCGCCGCUGGCUCCCUCUCCGCAGCCGGCAGAGGCAGGCGCCUUCCUCCACGCCCUCUCCGCCCUCGCCCACCGCUGCCGCCCCGCGGGGCAGCUGGUUAUGCGGACCUCGAUGCUGCCGCUGCUGUGGGGCAACCUGGGGUCGCGCCAGAAUCUGCGCACCAGAACCUGCACCGGCAAGUUGACUCGUGCUGCUGAGCAGACGGUUUGUGAGAAGUCCUUUAAAGGCACGGCUUGCACACUCAAGACCACCGCCACCAGGACGACCUGCGAGGGGACCCUCAACACCACUCUGACCGACACCAAGGCCAAGCUUGAUGCGGCGACCAGCGACAAGAACAAGCUGGCGACCCAGGUGGACCAGCUGGUCAACACGCCCUGCAACCAGAAGUUUGUCGGCACCACCCAGACCAACGCAUCCCUGCGCACCGACUGCGAGAUUGCACUCAAGCUCACGAAACAGGCGGACAAGCUCAAGCUGACCCCGACUGCUGUGCGCACUGCCACCCGGACCCUGGCCGAGACGGAGCUGCUGUCCACCCUGGCCGCCAUGCAGAACCAGAGCUGCAUCCAGAAGAACUUCAACGCAGCCACCACCACCAAAUGCGAGACGGAGAUCCGCACCACAGACUGGGCAGACAAGGACGGCGUGGAGACGCUGGUCACUGUUGCCGAGCAGGGGCUGGCGGAGGAGGCGCUGCGUCUGACUGCGGAGAACUCUGACAUCACAGAGCGCCUCACCAACGUCACCACCCAGAGCUGCAACACCAAGAACCUCACCGCCACCAGCCGCACCCUGUUCACCAACUGCGAGAUUGCGCUGCGCACCAAGUCGCUGGCAACGAAGAGGACCCUGCUUACCGCCAACGCUUUCCACGCUGAGGUCACCAAGGCAGAGCGGGAACUUAUCAAGCUCAGCGAGAACUGCACCCAGACGGCCAAAGAUCUGGAUGCAUGUGAAGCCGCCCUGGACGACUGCGGCGACGCGCAGACCGCCCUCAACACCACGCUCAACACCUGCACAGCGCAGCGCGACUUCUUCAACGCCACCCUGGCCACCAACCGCACCGCGCUGGCCGCCUGCACCGCCAACCUCGCCACCAACCGCACCGCGCUGACCGCGUGCACCGCCAACCUCAACACCAACAAGACCGCGCUGGCCGCGUGCCUCAACUCUACUGACCUCAUAGAGGACAGCCUGCUCAAGUGCCAGGAAACCAAUGCCACCUACUUCGACGCCUGGCAGACGUGCGACGGCUCGCUGAGCGUGUGCGAGGCCAACUUCACGGCCGCGUCCGAGGGCUUGGACGCCUGCCUUCUCUCCAACGCCACCUACUUCCAGAAGUGGCUCGACUGCGAGGACAACGUCACCACCCAGGCCAACGUCAUCAACAACUUCGAGGAGUUCCCGGUGCGCAAGCUGCUCAAGAAGAAGCGCCGCGCGGAGUGA